AUCAAUAUAUCGAGACAUGGUUGUGCCCUUGGCGAGUUACUGGUCGCAUCCCACCAUCUUCGAGGCCAUUCGCCCACACCUGUUUGCAUUUCCCCAUGUUUAUCAAUGGACCACCUAUCCAAUCACGUCCCUGCUCGAACGUAUAUGGGAACAUUUCCUGCCCUUCGUUGAAUUAUGCUCCGUCCUCGAACGCGCGUUGGCGUAUGCUCAUACUGGAAACUCAAAAGUAAUCGCUACAAGUCUCAUGAGGCCUUUGUGGUUGGUAAAGAGUCUCUUGGAACAAGGUCUUCCGACCUUUGCCCCCUCAGUGCGAUUUUCCCACACUCCCUGCGUUCCCGUCGCCAUCAGUCCUUCAGAGUGGCCCACCCUCACCAACAUGAAUUAUGGGAAUGAUCAUUUUGAGGCAUGCAUCGUCUCAUUCCGUCUCUGUCCUGUCGUUAAUUGAGUUCCUCUCCUAGGCAUAUAAGGCAGAUUUCAUAUACAGCUCUUGGUCAAUCAGCUGGCGCCCAAUACCUUCAAGUCAUACAC